GAAUGAAUUACGAUCUCUAUGGACGAGGUCUGGCAACAGCGUGUGGAGGGGCUGGGUGGAUCUUACGUGGAAUGAUUGACAGGAUCUCUGCCAAUGCUUGGUCUCCCAGGUUAAGCCUGAAGUGCAGAGCAGGCACCGUUGUGAUGAUCGGAGACUUGUUUGGUCAGUCUUUCCGGUUUCAAGACGCUGGUUCGUCUCGCAACGUUGGCACAUUUGCUCUUCAGACUGAGUGUUCAGUCUCACCUCACCCGAAAUCUGCCCCUUCUACUCCGCAAACUUCACGGCAUGAUCGAGAGCAAUCGAAUCUGGCACGGAGGUCCCUUCGAACUGCACCCACUUCGAAUGUACAUUGUUCUGAAAAACUGCCUUCCGUACCGUCCUUCCCAGAAAAAUGGGAGCUCCGGGUAGAUGUCUCUUUGACUGCUGGAAAUUUAGACUCUAUCGAUAGACCGCGAACAUCUUCUAGGCGCAAUCAAAAGAAAAGCUCCGGUUCAAGGCUGUCGUGCGUUUUGCCAACCGAAAUGUUUGUGGCUGCAUCAUUGAUUGUGCAGCAUUUUAUGAAAGACGAGCGAGCUAUAGCGAAUGCCAAACAUAGGGCACGCAAAGAGUGGGGGGUUCGUGGAUGAGGGGCGUUGGUGCGCGAUGCCCGCAGACUAUGGCAGUGUGCGUCCACAAGUGCCGUACAUAGGAGCACCUCUGCACUAGGGACAGCUAGAAUGUAGAUUGAUAGGAAAGUAAGGAUAGCUGAUAUGGUGCAGCCAGACGAAGUUGUGCAUCCGAUUAAGUACAUUAGGUAGAGGGAUACAUAUAAUCCCGUCGACAAUAGUUUGGCUGGCCUUACAGAGAAUAUACC